UCAUAAGAGCGACUGACGGCAAGAGAAAGAUGUUCAGAAAGCAGCUGAUGAUGGUGUUGAGUUUGUUCCUGCUCUUCGGUCUGACGUGGUCUGUGAUGUUCUUCAGUUAUGGAGCGAUGAUCAUUCCCUCAUAUUACAUAUUCACUGUGCUCAACUCGUUUCAGGGGUUUUUCCUCUUCCUGUAUUACUACCACAUUCACAAUGAUGUUGCGGGUCAUUUCACCGAUGAUCCAGAAAACAACGACUCCAACACAAUCAUCUCUCAAUCCAGCAUUAAUGCUGUAGACGAUUUUUAAAAACCAGCAUAAUUAUGACAGAAGGCUUUCUUUGUCUAGACUGUUUUCUUGAAAUGGUUUGUACAGUCAUUCUUUUAGGGGAAACUGUAAUCUCAACAGAAUCA